UCUCGCUUGCUACGCUCCUCAUCGCCCCGAGAUCCGUCGAUCGCAUACCCCCCAGGGAGCUCAGCAUCGGCACGCACCCCCAACAAGCAGACCGCCGCCGCCAGCAGCAUGGCCGCGCCGCUGCUCCGGCAAUGGCGCCGCCUCGCCGUGCUCGGCGCCCUCCUCGCGCUCCACCUCGCCGCCGCCGUGGCGCAGUCGCCACCAGCUGCACCCACGACCCCUGCUGCUCCCACGACCCCGGCUGCACCCACGACCCCUGCCGCACCUACGACUCCGGCUGCACCCACGACCCCUGCCGCACCCACGACCCCUGCCGCACCUACGACUCCGGCUGCACCCACGACCCCUGCCGCACCCACGACUCCGGCUGCACCGACGACCCCUGCCGCACCCACGACACCGGCUGCACCGACGACCCCGGCUGCACCCACGACCCCUGCCGCACCCACGACUCCGGCUGCACCGACGACCCCUGCCGCACCCACGACGCCAGCGACGCCGGCGCCCACUGCCACCCCGACAACGCCAGCGCCGACCGCCACCCCUGUGGCGCCAGCAAAGCCGCCGCCGGUCGCGCCAGCCAAACCCCCUCCGGUGGCGCCACCACCGGUCACGCCACCCCCCACGACGCCACCCGCGGUGCUCCCACCCGCCGUGCAGCCGCCCGCCGCGGCGCCUCCGCCGACGGCCACGCCCCCGGCCGAGGCGCCCGCGUCGCUGCCUCCCGCGACGACGCCCCCGCCCGUGGCCGAGGCCCCCGCGCCGCCCGCGGAGAUACCGCCCGCCGAGGCGCCGUCCAAGGGCAAGAACAAGCACAAGAGGAGGAAGAAGCAGCACGGCAAGAAGGAGGCGCCCGCGGAAGCGCCGCAGCCGCUGAGCCCGCCUGCUCCCGCCGCGCCGUCGCCGGCUGAUCUCGAGGACGUGUCCGGCCCUGCACCGUCAGCGUCCGAUGUGAAUGCGAGCAACCGGCAGCACCAGCACUGGGCCUCCGUCGUCCUGCAGACCGCCAUGGCGGCGCUUUUGCUAUCGCUAGCGUGGUAAAUCGCAGAGAGGGAUGAGAGAUCCAUAUGUCAGCGUACCAGCUCAUGGUGUAAUUAUUUCCUCUGUUUCUGUUCAUGCUGUACCAUCAUAGGCCGGUGAGGUUUAUCUGCGGGAUUUGUUAUAGGAACCAUUGAUUGUGGCUUGUGGUAAUUUUUUGACAUGUUCUGUAUCCAUUUUUUUUGGUUAAUUUUGGAAUAAAGACUCACACUUGCUCCGACA